AUGCCUGCAGUGAAAGGUGAUGGAAUGCGUGGACUGGCUGUGUUCAUUUCGGAUAUUCGUAACUGCAAAAGCAAGGAGGCUGAGAUGAAAAGAAUCAAUAAGGAACUUGCCAAUAUAAGAUCGAAAUUCAAAGGUGACAAAACCUUGGAUGGAUAUCAGAAGAAGAAGUACGUAUGCAAACUACUGUUCAUCUUUUUGCUUGGCAAUGACAUUGAUUUCGGUCAUAUGGAAGCUGUCAAUCUUCUCUCGUCAAACAAGUAUACCGAGAAACAGAUAGGAUACUUGUUUAUUUCUGUACUGAUUGAACAGAAUUCCGACUUGAUGAAAUUGAUCGUGCAAGCGAUUCGCAACGAUCUAACAUCUCGCAAUCCUAUUCACGUCAAUCUUGCUCUGCAGUGUAUCUCAAAUAUUGGAAGUCGCGACAUGGCUGAGGCGUUCUCUACCGAUUUGCCUAAACUUCUCGUUUCUGGAGAUACCAUUGAUUUCGUGAAACAAUCUGCUGCUCUAUGCCUUUUGAAACUAUUCCGCACUGCUCCUGAUAUUAUACAACCUGGAGAAUACGCGAGUAGAAUUGUACAUCUGCUGAACGAUUCGCAUAUGGGAGUUGUAACAUCAGCAGCUUCUUUAAUUGAAUCACUAUCCAAGAAAUGGCCCGAAGACUAUAAGGGUUGCGUACCACUUGCCAUUUCACGGUUGAGCAGAAUAGUGACGGCAACAUACACUGAUCUGCAAGACUAUACGUAUUAUUUCGUCCCAGCGCCUUGGCUUUGUGUGAAAUUGUUGCGCCUUCUUCAAAAUUAUCCUCCUCCAGAAGAUCCUUCAAACAAAGCUCGAUUGCUUGAGUGCUUGGAAGGUGUUCUGAAUAAAGCACAGGAUGCACCAAAGUCAAAAAAGGUGCAACAUUCCAAUGCUAAAAAUGCCGUUCUGUUCGAAGCCAUUGCCUUGAUAAUCCAUAUGGACAGCGAAGCUAAUCUGCUUGUUCGUGCAUGCAACCAACUCGGAACUUUUCUUGCCCAUCGUGAAACAAAUCUCCGUUAUCUUGCACUCGAGUCUAUGUGCUUACUGGCAACGUCAGAGUUUUCCCAUGAAACUGUGAAAAAACAUCAAGAAACCAUCAUCAACAGCCUCAAAACCGAAAGAGAUGUUUCUGUUCGGCAGCGUGCCGUCGACCUUUUAUAUGCUAUGUGUGACCGAACAAAUGCAAAUGAAAUUGUCUCUGAAAUGUUAGCCUAUUUAGAAACGGCUGAUUACUCUAUAAGAGAGGAAAUGGUACUGAAGGUAGCUAUUCUUGCUGAAAAAUACGCAACGGAUUACACGUGGUAUGUUGAUGUUAUUUUGAAGUUGAUUCGAAUUGCUGGGGAUUAUGUAUCAGAGGAGGUCUGGUACCGAGUAAUUCAGAUAGUUGUCAAUCGUGAAGAUGUUCAAGGUUACGCUGCAAAAACUGUAUUUGAAGCCCUCCAAAGGCCUGCCUGUCACGAAAACAUGGUGAAGGUAGGUGGUUAUAUUCUGGGAGAGUUUGGGAAUCUGAUAGCAGGCGAUCAGCGAUUAAGCCCGCAGAUCCAGUUCGAACUAUUGCAUUCUAAAUUCCCGUUAUGCAGUAUAGCGACACGAUGUCUUCUUCUGACAACCUAUGUGAAGUUCUGUAAUUUGUUUCCUGAGAUAAAACAUAUUAUUCAGCAGGUAUAUCAAAUCGAUCACAAUCUGAGAAAUCCUGAUGCAGAACUGCAGCAGCGUGCCGUAGAAUACCUCCAAAUGAGCAAAGUUGCUACCCCUGAUGUUUUAGCCACGAUACUAGAAGAAAUGCCGCCUUUCCCCGAGAAAGAAAGUAGUCUGUUAGCCAAACUGAAGAAAAGCAAACCUCAAGUUGAAGAAUUGGAAAAUGUGGAAAAGGAAAGAAAAAGUCGUCCCAACGUCACCCCAGCUAAGGAUGGCGGAGCUGCCGCAUCUCUUGUUGAUUUGGGGCAGCCUGGAAACGAAAAUUCCUUAGUCGAUAUAUUUGGACAGCCGGCUGCACAGGCUCCAAACCAACCUGUUGCGUCUGUUGCUUCCUCAGAUGAUGGAAAUAUCGCUAAUAAGAACGAUUAUCUUAAGUUUGUGGUGAAGAAUAAUGGUGUUUUAUACGAAGAUGACGUGAUUCAAGUAGGUUGCAAGCUUGAAGCACGCACUAAUCUAGCACGACUCGGAAUGUUUUACGGCAAUAAAACAUCUGCUCCGUUCACUGAUUUCUUACCUGUUGUCAUUUGUCCAGGAGCACUUACUAUGCAACUGCAAGCACAAGCAAAACCCAUUGAUCCAGUAAUACAAGCUGGAACACAAGUCCAACAGUUAAUCAAUUUCGUCUGCGUUCAAGAAUUUGGAAAAAUGCCUAUUAUUCAUCUGAAGUUCAACCAUACAGAUCGGUCAGGCCAAUCUUGUUCUUUUGACAAGUCGCUGUACCUACCGGUAUUUGUCAACAAAUUCUUUGAACCGACGGAAAUGACUUCUGAUCAGUUCUUUGCAAGAUGGAAAGCUCUUGGUCUGCCGUCGCAAGAAUGUCAGAAGAUUUUCCCUGCAAAAAUGCCCAUGGAACCGACGGUAGUGGCGCAGAAGUUGGCUGGACUUGGUGCGAAGCUUCUGGCUGAUGUUGAUCCCAAUCCGGAUAACUACGUGUGCGCGGGUAUUAUUCAUACACAAACACAACAAAUUGGCACACUCAUUCGCUUGGAACCCAACAAACAAGCUAAGAUGUAUCGGCUGACCGUUCGAAGUAGCAAGGACACCGUCUCAACAUACCUCGUUGAAGCUCUAGUGGAACAGUUCUGA